AUGGUGAAGUCAGAGCCCAUGUCGGCCGACGCCGAGCGCGAAGAUGAGAUCCAGUAUGGCGCAUCAGAGAUAGCGAAAGACGAGAUCUCAGAAACGUACCCCAAUCGCCCCAGGAAUCACUCCAAGACGUUUGCAUUCUCUACUCUGUUUAGAGACCUCUUCAACCCUCUUAAUGAGAACAAGAAGCAGGGCGCGGGCGGCGGACGGAGGCGAGGGCCUCAAGCUGCAAACAAGCCAUCUCCACAUGAGCAGCGUCGCCACAUCAUCGACAGGUUCAUUGCGCGGUGGAAAAAAGAAGUCGGGAAUGACUUCUACCCAGCUCUGCGCCUCAUUCUUCCCGACAAGGAUCGUGACCGGGGCGUUUACGGUCUGAAGGAGAAUGCGAUUGGAAAGUUGCUGGUGAAAUUGAUGAAGAUUGACAAGAAUUCAGAGGAUGGGUACAACCUCCUGCACUGGAAGCUUCCCGGGCACACAAUGGCUGCCCGUCUCGCGGGUGACUUUGCCGGGCGCUGCUUUGAGGUUAUAUCGAAGCGGCCCAUGAGAACCGAAGUUGGCGAUAUGACCAUCGCCGAGGUCAAUGAGCAGCUCGACAAUUUGGCUGCAUCAGCAGGCGAGUCAGAGAACCUACGCGUUUUUGAGGUCUUCUACAAUCGCAUGAACGCCGAAGAGCUCCUGUGGCUCAUCCGGAUCAUACUCAAGCAGAUGAAGGUGGGCGCGACAGAGAGGACCAUUCUUGAUCUGUGGCACCCGGACGGCGAAGCUCUGUUUAGCGUGACUUCCAGCUUAAGGCGUGUAUGCUGGGAAUUAUACGAUUCUUCGAUCAGGUUAGAACAGGAAGAGACGGGUAUUGCCAUCAUGCAGUGUUUCCAGCCUCAACUGGCGCAAUUCCAGAUGCCGGCAUCUUUCCAGAGGAUGAUUGAGCUCCUCGGACCGACGGAAGAGGACCCCGAAUUCUGGAUCGAGGAGAAGCUCGACGGUGAGCGCAUGCAGAUGCACAUGACCGCCGACCCAUCGCAUCCUGGGGGGCGCAAGUUUCUCUUCUGGUCCAGAAAGGCAAAGGAUUACACAUACCUCUAUGGCAACGGGCUGCAGGACGAGAAUUCGGCCUUGACACGGCAUUUAAAGAAGAGUUUCGCCUCGAAUGUGAGGAACCUCAUUCUCGACGGAGAGAUGAUCACAUGGGACAUGGACACAGACAAGAUUGUUCCAUUCGGUACGUUGAAGACGGCCGCACUCUCUGAACAGCAGAACAAGUCCAAUUCGGAUUCAACCGGUCAUCGCCCAGUUUUCCGGGUAUUUGAUAUUCUAUAUCUCAACGACAAACAGCUUACCCAGUAUACGCUCCGUGAUCGCCACAAGGCGUUGGAGAAGGCAGUCAAACCCGUUCAUAGACGCUUGGAGGUCCACCCAUACACCGUAGCAACGAGCGGCGAUUCAAUCGAGCCUCUUCUGCGCGAAGUUGUCGCCAAUGCCUCCGAGGGUCUGGUUCUCAAGAACCCGAGGUCAAUGUACCGCCUGAACAGCCGAAACGACGACUGGCUCAAGGUGAAGCCCGAGUACAUGUCUGAGUUUGGAGAAUCGCUAGAUUGCGUUGUCAUUGGCGCAUACUAUGGCUCAGGAAAACGAGGUGGCACCCUCUCAUCCUUCCUCUGUGGACUCAGGGUCACGAAGAAUCACAUUCAGGCCGGUGCCAAUCCCGAAAAGUGUUUCAGCUUCUUCAAGGUCGGCGGUGGUUUCCGUGCAGAGGACUAUGCUGAGAUCAAGCACCGGACAGAGGGCAAAUGGAUCCCCUGGGACCCAAAGAACCCUCCGACAGAGUAUGUCGAAUUGGGCGGUGGAGAGAGCAAGCAGUAUGAACGGCCUGAUCUCUGGAUCCGACCCAAAGAUUCUCUCGUCAUAUCCGUCAAGGCCGCGAGUGUAGGUCCCAGCGACCAGUUCGCCAAAGGUGUCACUCUCCGGUUCCCUCGCUUCCGCCGGCUGCGGCUUGACCGCAGCUGGGAUUCAGCCCUAUCGUUGGAGGAAUUCCAGGACUUGCGCAGGAAGGUCGAUGAGGAGGCGAAAGAAAAGGCCAUGACCGUGGAGGACAGAAACCGCCGAGGCGCGAAACGCGUGAAGCGAGAACUCGUCAUUGCAGGUGAGGACAGUGCACCGGUAGAAUUCAAAGGAGCAUCGACAAAGAUAUUCGAUGGCCUAGAGUUCUGCGUCCUAUCAGAGUCUCUGAAGCCGUACAAAAAGUCCAAGGCCCAACUCGAGGCCGUCAUCAAAGAGAAUGGCGGAACCCUCUCUCAGCGUGCAGCACCAGGUACAAACAUGGUUCUCAUCGCGGACAAGAAGGUUAUCAAAGUAGCCAGUCUCAUCAAGGAGGGCGAUGUGGAUAUCAUCCGACCCCGGUGGGUGAGGGACUGUCUCGAUCAGAGUGACAAGACCUUUCCCCUCCCGUAUGAGGACCUCCAUCUGUUCCACGCCACAGACGCUCUGAAGCACACGGCCGCCCAGAACACAGAUCAGUAUGGAGAUAGCUAUGCUAGAGAGGUGUCUGUGGACGAGCUCCGGGAGAUUCUAGCAGAUAUGCCCAAGUUCGAGAGCCCGGACACUUUUAAUAAGAAAAGCUUCAUUGAGGAGUUGGAAGAGCGUGGUAAGGACCUUAACAACCUCAAAGGAAUGGCUUUCCAGCGUUGCGUGGUUUAUCUCAAGCCAGUGCAAGAUUCCGACAAGAAUCUCGCAUACAGACUCUCGAAUUAUGUAAGGUACGCCGGCGGCGUUUGUGUCGACGAUAUGGACAACUCAGAUUUAACGCAUGUUGUUCUGGUUGGCCAGGAUUCGGCCGAGUCUCGCGAGGUGGGUGAGCAAGUUCGGAGUGAGCUUUCAUCUCGGAGUCAGGUACCCAGAUUUGUCAAAGGGGGUUGGAUCGAGGAUUGCUGGAAGGAGAAAACUCUGAUUGAUGAGGAGCAAUACUCUGUGCUAUAG